AUGAGAGAACGCAGCCAGCAGAGCCUUGGUGGACAUAUCCUGUAUGUAGGGUUAUUCAGAUAUCCAGGAAUGCUGCACAGGGCUAAGUACAGCCGAUUCAGGAAUGAUUCUAUAACAUCCCUAGAUGAAGGUACGCAAAAUACAUCCUUAAACAUCAAAGGUUCCUCCUCCUCUUCCCAUUCUUCAACACCUAAUUUACUGACAGAAGAUGUCUCCUUGGGGCCACAGGACACCUGCAGCACCCUGUGCACGCUGAUCCCCCGGAUGGCUAACAUUAAACUUGCCAACCCAUCGAAUCUGCCGGGGCUGAAAAGCUUCUGCUUGGGAACGAAAGAGGUGCCAAGAAUUAAACUCACGGAGUGCGUUACCAUCCCGAGCAGCCCAACCUCGCCUGAGAUCAGCUGCCUCUCAGCUUCUUAUCCACAGCCUGAUCUGGACAAGCUGGCCUUAACCCCAAAGCUGGUGGGCGACUGUGCUGUGCGGGGAGCUGAGGAGGCCGCUCCUGCGGGCAGGCAGGACAGGAGCCUCCCACACAGCGGUGAAAAUGUGGGGGAGCCGGGGACGACCUACGGCCUGCGG